GCUUCUCUCUCUAUAUAUCAUCUUCAUUUUCUUCUUCUUCUUCUCCUUCACAAUUCAAUUUAUAGUUCCACUGGCCGCGCCACUUUCCAGUUUCACAAACUGCUCCAAUUAUGUUCCCUAAUCUCCUUCUCUGCUCUCAUCGUCUCGAUAAUUCCAGGAAAAAGAAGAGGAAGAAUGGAGUAGUGAGGAAGAACAGUGAGUUUGAAGAUGAACAAUUGCAAUCGCCUUUCUCGGUUCCUUUUCAGAGAGAUCCAUUGGAGAAACAAUCCAGAUUCUCUCUACGAUCUGAUUAUUCUUGCUGCAGAGGCUCCACUUUGAAGGAGAAGAAGAAAGGGGAAAUGGCCAGUAAGGUCUCCAAUUUCUCCGAUCUGAUUCAACGAGUUACAGCUUCUUGUCUCCUUCAUCCACUUGCCGCCGUCCGUCAUGAUUCCGCCGAGAUCGCCUCCAAGAAUCGCAAUGUUCACGACGUAGGUUAUGAUUCCGACGACCUUGAGGAGGAUGAGGAGGAGGUGGAGGAGGUCGUGGUGGCCGCCGAAGAAGCAGAGGACUGGUGUAGAGAAGGGAUUAGGGCACGCCAAGUACCGAAGGGAGAGUUAGUCGGAGUGGAGAAACUGGUGGAUAUGGAGAUUCUGAUGAACGAAGUUUUCGAAGUUGUUUCGGCUAUGAAAAAGGCGUAUGUGAGCUUACAAGACGCGCAUUGCCCUUGGGACCCGGAGAGGAUGAGGGUAGCCGAUGUGGCAGUUGUUGCGGAGUUGCGGAGGUUAGGGGUUUUAAGAGAGAGGUUUCGCCGGAGUUUGAUUGUUCAUGGCUCUGGACGGGGACGGAGGAGGAAUGGCGUAGUUGGAAUGCUGAAGGAAGUUGUUGCUCCCUACGAGGCAGCCAUGGAGGAACUGAAGAAGGAGGUGAAAGCCAGAGAUGUGGAGGUUGAGAAUCUUAAGGAGAAGCUUAAGAACUCUAUGACACUUGCUAAAGGCAGCAGCUAUGGCGGCAAGAAAGGAAGAUCUCAAUCAAAGAGGAAGGUCAGCUGCAGUUUUGGUCAAGUGGCGGCAUCCCCUGUUCCUGAGCUGUUCGAGGCCACAAUGAGCCAAGUCAAAGAAGCUUCAAAGGCCUUCACAUCGCUCUUGCUUUCCCUUAUGCGUUCUGCUCAUUGGGACAUUGCAGCUGCAGUCCGUUCCAUAGAAUCCGCCAUAGCUGAGAGUGACAACACCUACCUUGAUACUGUUGCUACUCCUCACCAUGCCAAAUUUGCCCUUGAAUCCUACAUUUCCCGCAAAAUUUUCCAUGGUUUCGAUCACGAGACCUUCUACAUGGAUGGUAGCCUCUCCUCGCUGCUCAAUCCCGAGCAGUUUCGGCGAGACUGUUUCACCCAAUAUCGUGACAUGAAGGCCAUGGACCCUGCUGAGCUUCUUGGAAUCUUACCAACUUGCCAUUUUGGAAAAUUCUGCUCGAAGAAGUAUCUUUCCAUUGUUCAUCCCAAAAUGGAGGAAUCCUUGUUUGGAGACUCGGAGCAACGUAGACAAAUCUUGGCUGGUAACCACCCAAGGAGCCAAUUCUAUGCAGAGUUCUUGGGGCUGGCCAAGGCAGUCUGGCUACUUCAUUUACUAGCUUUCUCACUUGACCCAGCUCCGAGUCAAUUUGAGGCUAGUAGAGGAGCGGAAUUCCAUGUGCAGUAUAUGGAAAGCGUGGUGAAAUUCUCGUGUGGACGGGCAUCGACUUCUCUGAUUGUGGGAUUUCCAGUUAGUCCUGGGUUCAAAUUGGGUAAUGGUUCUGUCAUCAAAGCCAGAGUUUUCUUAGUUUCCAAGAGUUGAGGUAUUUUUGUGGCAUUACUGUACUGCUUACCCAGAACUUACAUCUCCAUUUGUUUGCAUCAUAGUUUGGCCUAAAGAAAAAAAAAAGGAUAAUAAUUGACAUGAAUGGUAGAACAAUGAUCAUCAUACUAAACAAUCAUCAUUGCUCCACCUUUUUAUUGAGCUGUAAGUUUUAAUCCCUCUUUAAUUAUUUGUAAUGUAGUAAUUUAAAAGAAUGACUUUACUUGGUCAUUCAUGUUUAUAGAACUGUAUGAUUAUGCUAAAGAUUAUGGGUGUACUAUUUGUGACAA